CCAUUCUCAUCCGCAUCACCAAUUUAGGGUUUCAUCUCUGGCGCAAUAUCUAGAGAUAUAAAACGGCGCUUCGUGAACAAGGGGCACGCUCUCAAGUAUCGUCCUCCAGAUCUGUGUUUCCCAACUCGGGUUUCUUCUGCUGCCUCGCUAGCCAGACAGCCAGCCAGCCAGCCACUGAUCUCAGCGAAGAUGCCGUCGCACAAGACUUUCAGGAUCAAGAAGAAGCUGGCCAAGAAGAUGCGCCAGAACAGGCCGAUUCCUCACUGGAUCCGGUUGAGGACCGACAAUACCAUUAGGUACAAUGCCAAGCGCAGACACUGGCGCCGCACCAAGCUCGGAUUCUAAGGUGGAUGGCCUUUCAAUUUUAAGUCUUAUUUAGUUCUUAGUUCAUUUGGAGAAGAAAGACAUGGAACCUCUGAUUUAGUUAAUGGGUUAACUCCAUGGGAGUCCUUUAGCAAGAUUUUGGCCAUAUUGUUGUUUGUUUUACAGUUUAUUUGAUAUUUGAAGUUAUGGAUAUGACUUAUAUUUGUCUUAAUGUGAAAUUUAUGUUCUUGUUUUGAAAAAAAAAAUUAUGAUUUUUUUUUGGAAGGUCAUUUUGUUAGAUAUGAUGAGUAACCAUUGGUCCGUGUUUCUGAUUUUAACGUGACCGACACCUCUUAACCACUUCUGGUCUUUCACUUUAAUUGUUUAUGCUUUAUAUCAACUUUGUUUUGAAUCUAAAAAUGCUUUUCGUUUUCUAUAGUUUUAGUGGCUCUGUGAUUAUGAGGCUCUAUUGGGCAAUAUACGUUAUUCUGAUUUAUAGAGAGUAGAAAAUUUAUAUUUUUGAAUACAUUUUACCAUGUCGAAAUCAACAAUGAGAGCUACAAAACAAUGCACUUUUGUUGCCCUUUCAUUAGAAAUUCACUUAAUUCUAAUAAAAAUUAUGUGUUUUAAUCGGUCUGCGGUGAGGAAUUUUGAAUAAAUUUACACAUGUCAGACUUGGGGAGUUUUUUGGAAAGAUCAAUACAAUUCAUUUUCCCUGUGCUGAAUUUUUUUAUAAAUACAGUCUUAUUUCAAAAGCUUAUUUAGUGGAUUCAUAAUGAGGCUGAUAUAUUUCUUCAAGUUAAUAUUUGUUUUGUUAUUCUGAUUUUCCAAUUGGUUAAAAGUCGUGUGUUUUGAGUAGUUAUUCAGGCAACCCUUUUGUGACUUUAAUAACGAAAGAGGUGUUAAACUGCUCGUAAAUUAAGUUCUUUUGCUUUUCAGACUUGCUGAGGUUACAGUGAAGCUGGUCCUAGUAAGCUUUAGUAUCAUUUGUUGGGUAUUGUGUUUUUGUUGUCUAGUAAGCUUUAGUAUCAUUUGUUGGGUAUUGUGUUUUUGUUGUCUCUGUUUUUUGAAUGAAGAUGUAUUUUUUUUCUUGUGAAAA